AAUACCCGUUUCAUACUGUCACAUCAAGAGAACCUGAUGCUAUACAUAAUCUGCUGCAUUGGAGGGAAAACUGUUAAACUGAAGGUCAAUAUAGACAUUUGGUUGGUACUAAAACGUUUUCUUUUCGGGAAAACUUCCCCAGCAAUACCUUUGUGUUUCUCCGUGAUGAAACUCAGAUUAUCAGUUAUUAGUUUUUCAUUAGCAGCAGCUGAAUCCAGGAUUGAGAAUCGUUUGAUUUUCAAAAGUACUGGAAUAGAUUUCAAUUGUCCAAUUGAAUGGAACACAAGUGCACCAAAACCUAUCCAGUUCAAUUGCGAUUCGUACCUCGAAAAUUACAUGGAUCGUCUCUUCAAUUUCACCACAUUCAUCAAAACCAAACAGAAAAACCCGUCGAGUUAUCAAAAUACAUUUAAUCAGAAGAGUUACAGUUUCCUGAACAACUUCGAUAUGUGUAAACCCAAAGUGGGAACAAUUCAAACAGUUUACUUCUUCGAAUACUUCAAAUCGCGCAAGACGAAGAAGAGGAACGUGACGAAUUAUCCGAAGAAAUGGAAUUACACAUCUCAAAAUGCGGCCGCUUAUCCUAUUUGGACCAUCAAACGUUCCAAAUAUUACAGCGUGCCACAAUCUAAGACCAAGGAACAAGAAGCACUCGAAAGGCAAGCCGAAGAAACAGAGGAACCUUCGAAACUGGUAGAAGCUGAUUCUCUAGAGAACGCUACUGGGUCUCAUAAUGAAAUCCACAUGCAAAUAUCCGAAGUGAGCGUGCACAGUAAAAGAUCACGCGAAAAUGACGUGUUAGAAACAGAGAGCGAUAAGUUGAAGACUGAAAUAAAGAGGAAAGUUUCAUUUAGAGACGAGGUAGACAUAUCUGGGGGCAAAGCGGAGACUCAAGACGUGGAACCUCAGAACUGCAACGUCCUUCCAGUUCCAUCAGAAGACCAUCAGAACUACGUCGACGAUGCAGAAUUGCCUUUGGAUAAAUCUCCAUCAAGCGGCAGCCAGAAAAACUUGAACAAACUGAGUUCGAGAAUAUCCGAUCUAUUGAUGACAGACUCCUUGAUGCAAUUAGCCAACGAGAUUCCCAAACGAGACAAGAAGAAACUCAAAAUGGCAGCUCAAAAGAGUUCACCAAAAAAUCUGAAAUUGACGGAUUCCGCCAAGACCGUUCUGGCUAAACUGUCGAAAUCAUUCGGAGACUUGGAGUAUACCAGUGGUUCGGGAACGUUGGAAACGGAUUUGGUACCACAAUUUUACGACGAAAAAGGAAAUCCCAUAGUUGAAGUGUUCAACAAGGACGGUGAUCUUCUGUUCAGCCUGAAAGAUGAUCCUAUCGGGGAUUUAGCUACUGUUCUGUUCGAUUCUAAUGGCUUGCUACUCAAAAAUAGGUACGACGCUCACGGUAACAGAAUAAGAGCGGUAUACGACGAAAACGCAAAGGUAAUCAGACGUAUAUCACUGAUCAACGACGAAAUAAAAGGCGUUCAAGCCGAUCUGGAAACUGUGGAGUAUUACGAUCACAGAGGCAAACCUAUAAAGCACCUGUACGAUUCUUCUGGUUACGAAAUAAAGACUGUCGGUAAUGAUUUAACGUCUAGAAUAUUCGACGCUGAUGGCAGAAUACGCAUGGAAAUUUAUACGAGAAGAGGACGUAGAAUCGACGCCGUAUACGACUCUCGUGGUCGACUUUUGGCUAGAGUAUCCGAUAGUCAGCUGAUCCCAUGUGGACGCAGGGAGCAAGUCAGAGUUGCCGAAAUGGACGCAGACUCCCUGAGCAAACUGUUCGACUGCGGAAGCAAAUCCGAAGAUCCAAAGUCGGAAAAUGAGAAUUCAGAGAAGAGGAACGAAUCUCCCAAAAGACUAUACGACCAAGAGGGAAAUCCCUUGAUUGGAGUGUACGAUAAGAAAGGAAGACCCAUAAAACUAACAUCUUCGGGAGAAGCCGACGAACUCUUACCUUUCCUCUUCGACAACAAAGGAAAACUCCAGAGCAAGCGAUACGAUUCGAAAGGAAAGGAAUUGAAAGCUGUGUUUGGAGAAGACGGAAAGGUCAUCAGUGGAAUGUCGAUAGCUUGGCUCAACGAACUGCUCGCUAAUAGUGAGAACGAACACGCUACUUCGAAGAAGAAAGGGUCGUUCUUUAAAAGGAUCUAUAAAUCUAAAAGUAAAACGGGUAAGCGUUAUGAUAUAGAGAAAUUAUACGAUUCCAACGGGAAAAUCAUCACUAGUAUUUUCGACUCUAAGGGAAAGCCUUUGGCUAUUUCACUGUCUGGGGAUGCCACCAAAUUAUUACCGUCCUUAUUCGGUAACGGAGGAAAAUUCAUAAAGAGGAGAUUUGACUCGGAGAAGAAGAGAAUUCGUUGCGUCUAUGGAAGGGAUGGAAAUGUUAUAAGCGCAAUUUCCGUGACUUAUUUGAAUCGUGUAACUGAAAAACUGAAGAGCGAACAGAAUCAAGAAAAAACUGUAGAUGAACCUAUAAUAGACAAUAAAAAGGACUGGAGUUGCCCUCAGGAGACCGUUGAAAGUAUGAUGACAGAUACGAAGACAAUUAAAAGUUUAGAAUGCGCCGAUAAAAUCCCUGUUCAUCUAUACGACCAGGAUGGUAAUUUAUUAACCGAUAUAUUAGAUGAGGAUGGUAAUGUUUUAGUAAGUACAGACUCUGGAAAUGCCUGGAAAUUGUUACCACAUCUAUUCGAUGAAAAGGGCAAGUUUGUAGAAAAACUUUACGACAAGAAGGGAAACGAAUUGUCAACCGUUUAUAAUAAAGAUGGCAAGAACUUGAAUGAAUGUUUAUCCGUUGCCAUGAAAAUCACAACAGACGAAGAGCCUCUUGAAUCCCUUGAAACUGGAAAGGAUAAUGACAUUUCUGUAAAAGAAUACAACAACAACGUAAAUGAGGAAGAAGAGAAAUUCGAAGAGAAGGUCAAGAUCAACGAAAAUCCCAAACAUGAGAGCCGUAAUGAACACAAACAUAACAAAAACAAAAGGACGAAGAAGAGUAAACCGAAAGAACCAGAUUUAGAACCAGCGAAGAAAGAAUCUUCGGCUGGAUUUUAUGAGCUUAGUGUGAUAGAAAAUAUGUCUUCUCCCUCGAAGCAUGUGGAACUGAAUACCGUGGAGCAAAAACACGAGGAUAAACAAUUGAAACCAACAAUUUCCAUAACCAAAAAACAGAGUGUGAAUCAAAAUAUCGACAUUCCCGAAGAGGCACCUAAAGCAGGAGAUUCCAUAUACAGAUUUUUCGAUCAGAGAGGUAAUCAAAUCACCGAAGUUUAUGACCAUAAGGGAAGAGCUUUGGUAAAAACGAAAUCAGGAGAUGUAGAACAGUUGGCGAAGUACAUUUUCGAUAAAAAAGGUUUUUUGUCCAACAAUAUUUACGAUCAUAAAGGAAGGAGGAUAACCCAUAUAUUCGAUCAGAAGAAAAGAAGCAUAAGCAGGAUUUCAGUUCCAUCUAUCGUUUCAGACGAAAAACUGUCUAAUAAACAGCAUCGAAGAAGUAAAGGAAUAUCAGGUUGCAUUUACGAUAAGGAUGGCAAUUUGAUCAAAGAAAUUUAUGACAGAAGAGGAAAUCUUCUGAUAAUAACAAAGCUUGUUAAGUUCAAGGAUUUGGCUCCUAUCAUUUUUGAUGACAAAGGGGUCAGAAGGAGAUUAUACGAUAAAUCAGGUUACGAGAUAGGACCUGUUUUCGACUAUAAAGGAAAGCUUCUGAAAAACAUACCCGGUUACAAGAAACCCAAACGUAAGAUUUACAGUAUAUCUGGAAAACCCUUACGUAACUUUUAUGAUUCUGAUGGUAGCCUGAUAAUAGCCCUGUACAACGACUAUGGCAAAACGCUAUGUAGCGUCAAAAAGGGCACCAACAACGUUGAGUUGCUGUCGAAAUUCUUCUUCGACAAAGAAGGUCAUUUCUUCAAAGAAAGAUUCUAUAACUACAGAGGCGAAAUGAUCAGACAUGUUUAUGAUUCCGAAUGCAACAUAGUCCGGUCUAUAAAGAGAACGGAAUCUAGGAGGAUAGCACAUCACAAAUGUACGAAAUACGGGGGCGAGAAGUUGAGCCAGAAGAAGAAUGCAGGAAGUGCUAACAAACUGAACGUAAAGAUAAACUUUGCAUCCAGGCACAAACAGAGAGGUUAUCAUGGAAAGAGCGAAGUUCGACCUGUUGAAAACAUAACGGGCACUUUUUCACAAUCUGACACCAUGCUCAAUCCUGGAAAACCUUUGAUUCAGCGUUCGAUGUCAGCUUAUUCUAUAAGAGAUUACCCGGUACAACAGGAAGGAGCAGAGAGUCUCAGUUCUUCGGCUUCCUCCUUAACCGAUGUGUCGGUCAAAAAGUUCUAUGACGAAAACGGAAGACUAUUGACUGGAGUGUAUAACUCCAAGACUAGACUCUUGGGGUACUCCGCGAGUGGAAACGCAAGAGUCUUAGCACCUUACCUGUUCGAUAUGAAGGGAAAUUUCAUUUCCGGUAGAUAUAACUUGGAUAGAAAGUUUCUCAAACAUAUUUACGAUUCCAAUGGUAAACUAGUGGAUAAGAUAUCCAAACAUGUUCUGGACAAGAACAAGGAACAUCGAAAGACAUUGAGAGAUUUCAAAUUUCACGAUCGUAAUGGAGAUGUAGUCACCAGUGUGUACAAUCUUCGUGAUGAUAAGAUUCUUAAAGCUAAGGAUAGUAAUGAGAAAGCGCCGAAAUCGGUAGAUAAGAAGGGUAAACCCAAGAAGAAAUUCUACAAUCGUAGAGGUUCUAAAGUGAAAACCAACGAAGAUCAGGAAAUUGUUGCGAAAGAAUCUUCUGCUGAGAUUAUUUCAGACCAUGAAAGUGUUUCUUAUGAGGAAAAAGAAGAAAAAGAACGCCCAGAAUCGAAAGGAAGGUUUUCUAUUUUGAGCAGCUUCAGAGAUAAGAUUUUAACUGUAAUUUUCGAUAAUCAGAAUCGCAUCUCUCAGAAGUUAUCUAUGAAAACUUUCAACAGAGCACCAAAGCCCAAACGCGAGAAACCCAAGGAAGAUGUUUAUCUCAAGAAAAAUAUAGCUGAAAUUAGAGCGAAAGUACAAAGGACACACUUAUACGAUAAGAAUCUAAACGUGAUAAACAAAAUAUACGACGACCGAAAAAAGGCAAUAAAAAAACUUUAUAAUUCCGACGGUAAGGUAAUUGCAGAAUUAUAUUCUGCAUCUGGAACUUUGAUUAAAAAUAGCGUUCUCAAGAACAUGUUCGAAAAUAACGUGUUCAAACCGAAGGCCUUCAAUUCUGAAGGCAACAUCAUCACCGCCAUCUACACUAACGAUAAGCAUCUGAAGAAGGUAUACGAUGAUAAAGGCGAACCAGCGAAACUAGAUUCUGAUCUGAUUUAUCUGGUCAGUGAACUUUCACUGCCUAGGGAAGACAUUCCUGGUACAUCAAAAUCUGCCACAAAGCAGGUGAACUAUUUUUCCGAAGGUAGCUCAUAUCCUUUUCCAGAAGGACAAAACCAAAAAAGUCAAGUCAACAAUCAACAAUUGAUAGAAGAACAAAACUACGAAACUGAACUGAAGGUCGCUUUCAAUGGCUAUGCAAGGAGAACUGAUAACUGCACGUGUGAACAAUGCAUGCACAAAAAGAUGGAUAUCGUUCAAUUUGGAGGGAAUCUGUUUAAUGGACUCAGUAGAUUCACUGGUCCUUUGGGCAAAUUUUUGUCCAGGACCUUUUCAAGAAGGGAGUAUUCCGAUGAUGCUGAAGGUGAACUUGAUAGCCUUGAGACCCUCAUUGAUAAGGUCGGCAAGCAGGAUACCGCCGUAGAAGCUGAAGGAUCAGAUCUAGAAUAUUACGGGAGUUGUUCAAGGGUCUUGCUUGAAAGCGACGAGAAUGUUCCAAUUUCGAGAAAAAUGAUUGAGAAUACCCUUAGGAAAUGCGUUCAUCUCAACAGCAGCACGAAUGAAGUUGGCAGAGUUUCUGAUACUGUUAUUCAACAUUUCGCAAAUUUGAUUUUGCAGCAAAUAGAACAGAAAUUUUACCACAAACUGGAUAUUUUGCAGUGUAGAGGAAACACUUCUGAUGAUUCUAUCCGUCCUUUCCAAUACGAUGGGGAAAAUGAUAUUUGCAUCGGAACAGAACUCAAAUUUGAAGAUUCUCUCAUUGGCAGGCACACAUCUGCUCAAACUGCAAAUCCUCCAGUUAAUAUGAGCAAGUACCAAGGCUUGGAAAUGUAUGGGUAUUUUAAUUCUGUUGAACAAGACGGUAGAAACCAUAAAGCGUUCGUCUGCAAGAUGCCAAAUCUUCAACCAUUCAUUAUGAUGAUGAAAGCCAAAAACGAAUCUCUAGACGAUCUUAUAGGGAAAAAGUAGGCAAUUUCAGAGAAAAUCAUUCUUCUUCUCAUAGCUUAUCUCCACCUAUUUCUCGCAACUUUAUGUUUUUGGAUCACUAAGAAAAGGAAGAAGAUAUGUCAUUGUAAAAUUCGUCUACUUCUAUAUCUUUUUUAUCGAAUAAAAUAUUUAUAUUUCAGUUUCA